AUAGAAUUGUGUAUUGCUUGUGCAAACUGAAUAGGAAACUACGUUGAAUUUGAGUUACUUAAAAAAUGACUACCAAUUUAUCGUUUGAACACUGCUUCUGGGAUGAGAAGAUUAAUGAAACAAACGGAUUUUCAAUACUUAAUAAUAAGAUGAAAGAGUCCGAAGGUAUGUGUAAGAGCUAUUCCGAAUUUUUGGAGCAUCGAUUACUUAAAGAUUCCUUUGCUGUGUUGAAAUCGGAGACUGAAAAGAUUUGUCAACAUCAUGCAGACUAUUCAGAAAGUCUGAGAGAGAGUUCAAGGAGGAUGAAGGAAUUCUAUGGAGACUAUAGAAGGAAACGAAAACUUGAAAAAGACAAGGUUCAAGAAUAUCACGCUAAAGCUGUAACUGAAUAUGACAGAGCAAUUAAAACCAAAGAUGAUUAUCACACUAAAAAAAUAAUUUCUGAUUCUCCGGAAAAUAAUAGUAGCUGUGAUAAUCUAAAUCCCGAAAAACAAGGAAAGAUACAUGAGAAGAGAGAUAAACUUAAAAGAGAAGCUGAUGCAGCAGAGAGUAAAUAUAGAACAUGCUUAGUUGACUUAGAUAAAGCAUUAACGAAAUGGGGAAAAGUGUACCAUGAAAUGUGCUCAAAAGCCGAAAGGUUAGAGAAAUCUCGAAUCAUUUACAUUAGAAAUGAAAUAUGGGCGUAUGCUAAUUUUGAAUCUUUAAGGAACGUUGAAAUCGAUAAAAGUUGCGAGGAAGUUAGAAAAUCAUUAGAAAAAUGCGAUGAAGAAGAAGAUAUUAGGAAAUUUAUCAAAGAAAAUACUACAGGAAUCACUACUCAACCAAAAGCACCACCGUUCGAAUCAUCACCUUCGGAAAGGUCUGCUUCAAAUCCUAUUGAUAACUAUGAACCAGAAGGACAUCUACCGAAUUAUCAACAAUCCCAAGAAGAAAAAAUGCGUGAACAAUACCUGGAAAGACAGAACAAAGAAUUUUCCUGGACAGCUAAAGAAGACUAA